CACUUAGGCGCUCUGAUCUAUGGGAUGAUAUAUGUAUCUUGACACUGAAUUUGAACAUGCGAUUGAAUACGAUAGAUCCUGAAAAUGUUACUUUCUCAAAUUUCUUAAUGGAGGUUGGAACAAACCCUCAAGAAGUGGUACACCUUCCAUCGACAAUAGGUAGAUGUCAAAAUCUAAAUGAAUUAUUGUCGAGAGUUUAUCCUCAACUGGAUGUGACAAAUACAUCAACCCCAACAUUUUUAACUGAACGCACGAUUCUCUCUGCUCAGAAUGAUGACGUGAAUGCUAUAAAUGGUACUGCACUAAAUAUUUUUCCAGGAAAUAGAUACACUUAUCUAGCUGCAGAUAAAAUGUCUGAGGAUGACGGAAUGGAUAGAAGCAUCACUAACCGGUAUCCCAACAAGUAUCUUAACUCAUUAGAUCCUACUGGGCUACUGCCUUUUAAGCUCUAGUUGAAAGUGGGUUGCCCUAUAAUAUUGUUAAGAAAUAUUGCCCCAAAAGAUGGGCUUUGUAAUGGCACAAGGAUGAUGGUUGUCAGGUGCGGCUCCAGUAUUAUUGAAGUCAAGAUUUUAACAGGUGAACAAUUUGACAAAUUGGCCAUCAUACCAAGAAUAUCUUUAUCACCAUCUUCAGAUUUUCCUUUUCAUAUGACAAUGCGUCAAUUUCUAGUUCGUUUGGCAUAUGCUAUGAUUAUUAACAAAUCACAAGGACAAUCUGUCAAAUUCGUUGGAGUCGAUUUGCGCACACCUGUAUUUAGUCAUGGGCAAUUAUAUGUGGCAUUAUCAAGGUGCAAAUCUUUUGACCGUAUAACUAUCUUUCUCCCUGAAGAAAAAAUAGAUUCCAUUACCAAUAUUGUUUACCCUGAAGUCCUACUGUAGUUUGCUUUAUCAUACCAGGUACAACGAGUUGUAAAGUAUUAUAAUUUAAUUUUCCUCUGUUAUCAUAUAUCAUCCGUUAAACAAAUAACUUGGCGUACUAACUGGGCUUCUGUUGACAUAUCAUUCUUUUUUAGGGUUGUGAUCGAGAAGUCUCGAAGCUCAAAAGGAACAAUAUGCUUGAAGAUUUUUAGUCUUGAUAUGUUUCAUGUUCUCCUUUUAGAUGUCUCCUUGAGGCACGCAUCUUCAUUAAAGUAUAUUAUUUUUUAUUUUCAUCGGUGUUUUGGAUGGUGUUUUUUGAUCCGAUCAAGAUUUAUGCGCUUGA